AUGAGGACGGUUACUUGGGUCAAGAUGGCCGUUGCAGGAGUGACGUGCUGUGUUGGAGGACCAGCAUUGAUCUACUACGUCACUCCGACCGAGGAAGAAUUGUUCAAGAGAUACAACCCCGAACUCCAGCGUCGAUCACUGGAGAGACGCCAAGGUAACCAAGAAGAAUUUGAAGUCUUCGUGAACAAGCUUAAGGAGUAUUCGAAGGACGAGAAGCCGAUUUGGACAGCAUGGGAGCAGGACGUUGAAAAGCGCCGACGCGAGGGUGUCCUGGCUGAGCUUGAACGACGGAAAGCAGCAGAUGCAGAGGCCGAAGCCAGGCGGCAGGAGAUCAGGAAUUCGAUCAAAUAG